AUGGCUGAUAUUUGCCGUUAUGAUGUUAAAAGAAAUGAAAAAUACGGUCGAUAUUUAGUUUCUAAUGCUGAACUCGGAUGUGGAGAUUUAAUUUUUACAGAUUAUCCCUUUGCUGUGGGACCGAAACCAGGCAAGUAUACACCACCACUAUGUUUAAGUUGUUACUGCCCGAUAGAGAGCACUUAUUGUUCGAGAUGUAGCUGGCCAAUAUGCAGUCCUGAGUGUGAGCUAUCCCCUAAUCAUCAACCAGAAUGUUCGAUAUUUUCAAAGUCAAAAAUCAAAUUUCAACCAGUAGAGGACUGGACUGUUAGCGCACCUCAAUUGGAUUGUAUAACACCCUUAAGGUUAUUGGUAGCUAAAGAACAAGAGCCAGAACGAUGGAGUAAAGAAGUACAAGCAAUGGAAACACAUGCAGAGCAGCGCAGGAAACGUUCCACGUGGAAAGCUGAUCAAAUUAAUAUCGUCAACUAUCUCGUAGAUCACUGCAAACUUAACAACAGAUUCUCUAAAGAACUGGUGGAACAAGUGUGCGGGAUUUUAGAAGUAAAUGCAGUUGAGAUUCCAUCACGUGGUGGAUUCAGUAUUCGUGCUGUAUAUCCUCGCCUGGCCAUCGCUGCACACAGCUGCGUCCCAAACAUCGUACAUAGUAUAUUACAACCAGAUUACCGCGUAGAAGUAAGAGCAGCCGUGCCAUUCCAAAAAGGACAGACAUUACACCUAAGUUACACUCACGUGUUAUCUCCUACUAUUAAUCGUCGUGAACAUCUCCGGGAGUCCAAGUUCUUCGAGUGCGACUGUCCUCGAUGUACCGACCCUACUGAGCUGGGUACACACUUGAGCACUUUUAAAUGCAGUAAAUGUGAAAAAGGAAUCGUACUAUCGAAGAAUCCUUUAGACAACGAAGCGUCAUGGAAUUGCUCAGAUAAGAACUGCGAUUUUCGGUUACCGAGCGCCGCUAUGCACAAGCUCUUGUCCGAUUUGCAGGAAGAAUUGGACACGUUGGACUCCUUGGAUACGGGGUCUGAAGCUGUAGAGCAGCGAGAAGCUUUUAUUAAUAAGUACCAGUUGAUAUUACACCCAAGGCACUCUUUUCUGAUGUGUGUGAAGCACGCGUUGGUCCAAUUGUACAGUCGUAUAGAAGAUCGCGGAAUUGAAGACCAUGUCAUGUUGGAAAGGAAGGUUGAGCUCUGCAAACAGGUUCUUCAGACUCUUGAUGUUAUAACACCCGGAGAAAGUAGGAUGAGAGGUAUGUUGCUGUAUGAUCUACAUAGUCCCUUAAUGAAUCUAGCCAGAAGUGAUUUUCGUACAGGAGUCAUUACAAAGGAGAAACUAAAAGAUACAUUGAAAGAAUCUCUGCAGUGUUUAACUGACGCUGCGAGAAUAUUAUGCAGAGAGGAUGACCAAAGUCCUGAAGGAAUCACAGGGAAAAUAGCAUUUCAAUCUAUGGAACAAUUAAAAGACAGUAUUGCAAUCCUAUGA